UUUUCAUUGAAAGCUUAACCAAUAAAUAACCACUACCAACAGCCCUACAUCCAUUUUUUUCACGGUCAACUUCGUUAGUCAACUGCCGACGAAAAACAGAGGCUCCUGGCAUGGGUGUCUGCUUCUCCUCUGGCCCGACACAGCACUCUUCUUCCCUCGAUCGACCUCACUAUUCAGGUUCAGCAAGCACUAACUGCAAAAACGUGGGAAUCACCAAAACCACGAGCAGCAGCACCGAAAAUAGACAGUUUACCGUGAUUGCCAGUGGAAGCAUCGACGACGAAGAAUCUAUUCAUUAUCUUCUUCGUCGUGUAUAUCAUCGUCCCCUUCGUCUUCCUCUUCCUCCACCGGAUGGCCAGAUUCUGAAAUGGCCAAACUUGAAGGUUUUCGAUUUUGAGGAGUUGAAAUCUGCCACAAACAAUUUCAGGUCUGACACAUUGCUGGGUGAAGGUGGCUUUGGCAGAGUUUACAAGGGAUGGUUGGAUGAGGAUACCCUCGCCCCUACCAAAGCAGGCUGCGGAAUGGUCGUUGCCAUAAAAUGGUUGAACCCCGAAAGCACGCAAGGGUUUGACCAGUGGCAGACAGAACUAAACAUUAUGAGAAGGUUUUCUCACCCCAACCUGGUCAAUUUAUUGGGUUACUGUUGGGACGAUGAUGAGCAUCUUCUUGUGUAUGAGUUCAUGCCAAAGGGAAGCUUAGACAAUCAUCUAUUCAAAAGAAAUCGUAACUUAGAAUUACUUUCUUGGAACACACGGCUUAAAAUAGCUAUUGGUGUAGCUCGGGGAUUAGCUUUCUUGCAUGCUUCUGAAAACAACGUCAUUCACAGAGAUUUCAAGUCCUCAAAUAUACUACUUGAUGGAAAUUACAAUCCAAAGAUCUCAGAUUUUGGCUUGGCAACAUUGGGGUCUUCUGAGGGACAAUCCCACAAUUACAAUCCAGAGAUCUCAGAUUUUGGCUUGGCGAAAUUGGGGCCUUCUGGGGGACAAUCACAUGUAACUACCAGGGUCAUGGGCACGUAUGGUUAUGCAGCUCCAGAAUACAUAGCAACAGGCCACUUGUAUGUGAAGAGUGAUGUCUAUGGAUUUGGUGUAGUGCUGCUUGAAAUACUUACAGGCAUGCGGGCACUUGACACAAAUCGGCCAACAGGGCAGCAGAACCUAGUUGAAUGGACCAAGCCUCUUCUCUCUUCCAAGAAAAAGUUGAAAACAAUAAUGGAUGCUAAGAUAGUGGGUCAAUAUUCACUUCAGGCAGCAUGGCAAGCAGCACAACUUACUAUGAAAUGCCUACAAUCUAUCCCUGAAGAACGUCCUUCUAUGAAAGAUGUAGUUGAGGCAUUGGAAGCCAUUGAAGCUAUCCAAAAUUAGGGAUGGAAAUGAGUCAAGUCGCUUGUCAAGGGCCUAUGGCUUGGCCUAUUUAAGGCUCGGCUCGGCUUGGCUUGUUUACUAUAAAUGUCAAGCUCAAGCUUUUUAAAAAGUUUUUUUAGAUAAAAAGGCCAAAGCCAAACUAUAAAAAAAGCUUGUUAAGUUUCUUUUUUUAGUUAGUAUUUUACUAGGUUUUAAAAUAAUUAAUUGGUUAAAGAGGUUUUUAAGCAGACUUUUAAAUAGGCUUGUAGGCCAAGCCAGACUUUUAUGUAAGCCAAACCGAGCCUUUAAAAAAAGCUUAUGACAGGUAAUGAGCCAAGCUCAAGCUUUGUGUAUUCAACUCAAGCCGAGCUCAAGCCUAGUAAAACUUGGCUUGGCUUGACUCAUUUCCACCCCUAUCCAAACCCACAAUUCGCAGUGUACAUCUCAUCCACCCCCUCAACAGGGUCGUAAGAGUAUACACAAAUUUAUAUGAAAAAAAAAACUAGAAAUCGAGAUUGAUUAUAUAUAGUAAUGUGCUCCAUUGAA